AUGGAGGGCAGGCGAUGGACCAUGCGUUUGCACAAAACCUUCCCUUCACAUAUGGUACACCGGCUGAAAGCGCGAGUGAAACGUGAAUGGAAGUUUACAGUGAGCGUCUUCCAAUGUUUUGCAUUAACAGAUAAUUUCUGGUUAGCAUAUGAAGCUUGCGCCCAAAAGAGUUAUCUUAACAAACCCCAAUAUAAGCAUGUGAUUGACAACGAAGAGCAGUUCAUUGCACGCAAGCGCUAUGUGGACCCAGCGAGCUUCACCGAAUUUGCCAAAGCUUUGAGGAAUUCGCAGUCUGAAGCUCUCUUCACCUCUACUUGUGUAUGUGGGAUUCAGUCUUCCAGGCAACAGGGCUGCUCACUGUUGACAACCUCGCUGCAGAUCAACAUCCCCGGUUUUAGAUACCAAAGCUGCGGCCGGCCAACAUCUCUUCUUCAGGAUGUGUCAGAAGUUUGUCAUCCUCCUUUUCCUGGUUGGGACAUUAAUGGUGGCAGUGGAAUUGAAAAAAAACCGGCCUCCUGGAGCCAUUCCACCUCUUUACAAGGGAACACCAACAGCUCGGAGAAGCGCCAGCACCGGAGGCCCGAUGUCCUAGCGUCCAGUCAAGAGGCACUGGUGGUGACAGAGCGCAAGUACCUGAAGAGCGACUGGUGUAAAACCCAGCCCCUCAGGCAAACCAUUAAUGAGGAUGGUUGUGUGAGCCAAACUGUCAUCAACAGAUUCUGCUAUGGACAAUGCAACUCCUUCUAUAUCCCCAGGCAUGUUAAAAGGGAUCAAGAAUCUUUCCAGUCCUGCGCCUUCUGUAAACCAGAAUUUACUACCCUGACUGUCAAGCUGAACUGCCCUGACCUGCAGCCUCCCUUUAGACACAAGAAAAUCCAACGAGUCAAGCAGUGCAAAUGUAUGUCAGUAAUGUGAAUGACUGGAGCAAACAGUGAGAUAAGAUAAACAAUCACAGCCUCCCUAGUUAGUAGGAAAUACACCCGACUUUCAACACAGCCAUCAGAUAAAUACCUGUAGAAAGCAAACACUGUACAAAACUUGCCCUAAUGUGUGAGCAACAUUUUAGUUUGAGCAUGGCCAGCAGUACUUCGUUGGGAGCAUUGAGCUGGAUACCCUAGUCAUCCAAACAUGAAUGACUAUAAAAAUUCUUGUUUGUUACAAAAAGGAGAGCAAAAUCCUCCUGACAAAAUUUUGUUUAAAAAUAAAUUCCAUUCUAAUAUUACAAGCUGCCCUAAACCCAAGUUGCAGACUCCAAAUUGUUGAAAUACAGCCAUCCCUAUUCUGACUAUCUUUAAAGAUUUUUUCUUACAGUCUGGACAUUUUCACUUUCAUUUUGCUCACUGCUGUUGCCCAUGAUUUGAUACGGAUGUGGUGCCAAAACAGAUAGGAGACUUUUUGAUGGUUAAAUGCAGAUAAGAGAAUUUGAACUGCUUAGACUGUGGACAGACAUGAACUGUGCUCCUGGAGCACAGAGAUAGAGCCUGGGACUGAGCCAGUACUCUGCACCUCUGGACUGCCAGAAAUCCAAAUUCUCAACAAUGUUUUACAUGGGAUUAUUCUGAUCAAACUGCAUUGAAGAUAAUAGUAUAUAUUUAACUAUUCAAAACAUUGUUUAAUUAUUAUUUUCCUCCUUUUGCCUUUUAUAUUUCAGUAUUCAUGACCAUAAUUUUGUACAUGCAAGUAUGAAUUAAUGGCACUUUUCAAACAUUAUCUCAAUGAGCUGAAUAUAGAAAAGGCACUAAAUUGACAAUGGAUUAUAUUUCCUUUCUUCUUUUAUAAACGAUUAUUGUUAAUAUAUGAUGAAAGUGUAAAUUAGUACAGUUAUUGAUGUAUAUUCUUUAUUCUAUCUUUUUUAACUGCAUGUGGACAGUAUUUUGUUCUGGUGUUUCAGAAGUGACAGUGACCCAUGUUAUGGCGGUCUCAAUAAUACUUCAUUGUAAUAGAAGGUAGUUAUUCCACUAUAUACUUUUGUUGCAUUUAAUAUCACAUAGAAAUGCAAGUUGAAACUUAAGUCAGAAAGGACAUGGUAUUAAUUAAGAGAAAAGUUUGUGCCACAAAUAUUUUUGCUCAAUUAAAGCCCUCUCACUACAAUGUAGAUACACCAAGUAUUGCUGCAGAUUAUGUAGAACAAAGGGGAAAACCAUUUAUUGCAUUGCUAUUUUACACAUGAAAGGAUUUUAAGCACUUAGGAUCCAAAAGACAUAAUGAGCAAAAUGUGUUGUAACAGUAAAAGCUUUUUAAUUGAAGCAGUUCAGUUCAUUUACAGGCAAGUACAUUUUUGUUUUGCAGAUUUCAUCAAACAUUGUUCAGAGGCGGUUGUAGUGUGAUUGUAACUCUUGGUGCAAUGGUUCAAUUCUAUUUAAUAAUUGAAUGCCAAAACAAUGAGCUAAGUGCUGGGCCUGAGCUGACCAUUGUCUGCGGUUAUGGUUUGGUACUGAUGAUCCCACUCUGUUGACUGGGACGCUGAGUAACAGCCUUGGGUCUUCAACAGUGGUGGCUGGUACCUGCAUGUUCUCCAUCACAACUUCUCAAUGCUUCGACUGUUGUCUGUCUUUCUGGACCACUUGCCAGGUUUCUCCAAUUCUGGCUUCCUUCAUUCGAACUGCAGCAUGGACAAUAGUUCUUCAUCCACUCGUAGAGUUAGUUAUGACUUCCCAGGAGUUAAUUUGAUCUUGGCAGAUCCUCACAUUCUGAUUUAUGAUGUUUUUAAAACACUUCUCUUCUUGUCCAACAGCAGUUAAUUUUCCUUAGUCCUUGGAUUUUGACAUUCUCACCAUCUGCUAACUUUAUUCAUGCUUUCGUCAGCACAGAUUCAUUCCUGGAUUGUUCCACAAUGAGAUAUCAGUGUUGGAGUCUUGAACUGUCAUUUGAUGUUAAAACCAACAUAGAGGCAUUUAUGAGAAAAUUCCUUUAGUUCCCUGAUGUGCUUUGGAUAACAAUCCUGAUAUAGCUAUUGUGUAAAGACCUGAACCUUUCGUUUGCAAGUUUUUGAUACAAUAUCGAACUUGGCAUGCCAAAAUGGCAUCAUUGAAUAAGCUGUUAGCCAGACAGAUUACAGGAUACAUCAUAGUACUCACAAUGUUAAUGGAGGUUGGAUUCUGAACAUUCUGUGUCUCAGAUUCAAAGUCUUCAAUUGAGUAGCAUUCCAGUCAUCUAUAGAUAGAAAGGAUCUACUUCUAUCACUCCCACAGUCUUGAGUUGUUUCCUUUCUGUUUGCUCAGUGAUAAUACGUGCAUCUUUCAAAUCCCACAGACAACCUAGUCAUCAAAGUGUAAGAAGUCUGCCAAUGCCUAUCAUUACAUUUGAAAGUACAUUGUCUACUUAUAAUAAUCAUACCCAAGGAAUAACAGGCAUCUGCUUGAAUUUGAUUUGUUCCAAGAGUUAAGUUUCUUAGUUUUUUAUUAAUCUGAACAAUGUAACUUCCUGUUGGGAUUCAUGAUGUACAAAGAAGGUUGCCUUGUACUGGUUUGAAGAACUUACAAAGUUUUAUGGAUACUAUUAAAAUGAAGAAGUGCUAUCACACUGAGAAAUAUGAUUAUUUUAUAGGUA